AUGCAGAGUCUACUGGCGCUGUUACUGGUGUUGACUACCAUCAUAGUCGAGGGACAUGACUUCAGCAACCACCACCACCACGAGGUGAAGACCAUCACGAUAGAGAAGGAGGUGAAGGUGCCGUACCCGGUCCACUUGGAGAAGAAGGUACCGUACCCUGUGACUGUGGAGAAGAAAGUGCAUUACCCAGUCAAGGAGUACAUCCCUAAACCUUACCCUGUCGAGAAGAAGAUUCCUUACCCUGUAAAAGUGCCUGUGGUGAGGCCAGUCCCCGUACAUAUACCUAAGCCUUACCCCGUUUACGUAGAGAAGAAGGUGCCCUAUCCUGUAGAGAAACACAUCCCUUACCCGGUCAAGGUGCAUGUCCCCCGGCCUGUCCCCUAUCACGUUCCUGUUGUCAAACACGUGCCUUACCCCGUCGAGAAGAAAGUUCCUUAUCCCAUCAAGGUGCCAGUUGAGAAGCCAGUCCCCUACCCUGUGGAGAAGCCUUACCCCGUCUACGUAGAGAAGAAGGUUCCCUACCCGGUGGAGAAGGAGGUGCCGUAUCCAGUCAAGGUUCCGGUUCAUAUCCCGGUCCAUGUCCACCAGCAUUAUGACCACGAGGAACAUCACUUCGGAGAACAUUACUUUGGAGGGCAUCACUUGGCAGCUUUACAUAAUCACAAACAAUGGGACCGUGGUGUUCAACAUUCCUUUUAA